AUGGAGAAAAUAUUAGUAGUGUUAUCUUGCACUGAGGCACAGAAGGUUCUCCUCGCUACCUUUAAGCUAAUAAAGGAGGCCGAGCGUUGGUGGGUUGCAAAGGCAGAGGAAUUCUUCCACCUGACUCAGAGGCAACUUACUGUGCAGCAGUACGCUGCGAAGUUCAUGGAGCUCUCCCGUUUUGCACCUUUUAUGGUUCCAGAUGAAUUCCAGAAGGCAAGGUGGUUUGAGAGGGGAUUGAAACCAAGAAUUCACGAACAAGUGACAGUCCUGAAGGUACAAAAUUUUUCAGAGCUGGUGGAUAGAGCCACCGUGGUAGAAUUGAGUCUGCAAAGGAGUGCAGAGAUGACAGAGCAGAGGAAGAGGCCUUUGCCUCCUAGUUUUUCUGAUAAUGCUAGACAGGGCUCGUGGAAGAGACAGAUAUGUUGGGGGACAGAGAUUUGA